GGCGAGAUUAUUGUAUGCGCGUUAUGGCCCUGAGGUUCUGGUGUUGAAUCCGAUGAGUCCGCCGGGUGAAAUCGAUGCGGAGAGGGAUGCGAUGAUUUUUGCUCUCGUGGGGAUUGCGGGGUGGCAUGUUUUGCAUUUGGUGGGGUUGGGGGUGAUUACUUCGAAGGUGGUGUUUGGAGGAAAUGGAAGUGGAAGUGGAGCAGCAGCAGCAGCAGCACGUUGGUGGAGAAAUAUCGCAAUCAUGAUGAGUUUGGGAUUGUUUGUGGCGGAAAUGUACAUGGUGGUCAUGUAUGACGACACGCCCAAUCAGAGAAGUGUACGAGUUUCGGAUGUGGAUUUUUUGUAUUGGAAAUUACGCGUAUAUCGCGGUGUGGCCAUGGCAGUGGUAGAUGCGGUUUUGGGCGUGGGGAUGUGGUUGGAAGCUACGGGGCGGGUGUCGUUGAUGAAUGCUGCCGCGCCGUCUUCGAGUGAGCGCGUUUUGGAUUUUGCGCAGCGGUUGGAGGGUGUGUUGGUUAAAGCGAGAGGGGUCGGUGUGAUUCGGAAUGGAAGUGUGAGGGAUAGGGAGAUGAGGAGGGUGGUGGAUGAUUAUUGGUUGAAAGAGGAUGAAGUUAUGAAGGAUGUCAUGGAACAGCCGGAGGUACUUGAGGCGCAGAGGAAUGCUUUGAGGAGACUGGAUCCAUUGGCUGCGGCGAGAGAUGCGGAGCGGUUUUUGGAAUAUGUUCUGGGAAUGUCGUCGUCGUCGUCGUCGUCUACGCAGCCGGCAGCUACUUCUUGAAACUCCUACCGAAAUCCUGAGAAGAGAGGAGAUUCUCCAUCUAGGACGGUUCACUCAACAAGUAGUCCAUCGUUGAUCCAGUCCCCGACAAAGUCAUUUUGCAAAAUACAUUGGAUUCCACAGAACAAGACAAAAGACAAGACACAAAUCCAUUACCCGACAGGUCCAAUACCUAAGUGAUGUUCCAUUUCAUUUCUAGGACAAUGCAAAAGACAUAGAUAACAUCCCAUUCGG